AUGAGGGUUUGUGGGGUUCUCUGGAGUCAUAUAUUCCCUCGUUUACGGAAGAGCAUUAUAAUGCCGGCAGAAAUUCGUUAUUAUGAGGGCUAUUUUGCCGUUGGCGUUACCCGUAUACGACUCAAGGUUUUGGAGUUUGAUGUCAACGGUAAUAAUUCUUCGUGCGAGAAGGACACACUGCAUGUGUUUGACCAUGAAACCUCGAUCGACCCGUCUCCCGUGCACUCAAAAUCAAGUGUAACAACCACACCCGGACCAAUUAUUGGUCAGUUCUGCGGGCGACGUAGCAAUGUCAGCGAUCUGAGUUUGAGCACAAUGAAUGCCUUUGACGUUGUGAUGCCAUCCUUCCACAAGCAACAUCCUGCAAAAGGAUUCAAACUUCAUUGGAACGCUUUUCGAGUGACGGCUGGAGUUCCAUGCUCGGCUGGGCGUGAAUUCACGUGCGGACAAGACCAAUGUAUUCCAGUCCAGCUAGCCUGUGAUCGUUUCUCUGAUUGUCCUGAUGGAUCCGACAUCAUCUACUCCAAACAGUUCGCAGCUAACUGUGAAGAUUUGGACACCGAUCCAUUGAUAUCGGUCUCGGGCGCUCUCGUGUUGCUGCUUUCUGGUGGUGUUGUUCUGAUACUCGGAUGCCUCUGCGUAUCCGUCUGCAUCUGUUGUCGUUGUCUCAAACCAGUUCCACAAAUUAAAGAUGAGUCUCUGAAUUACGGUGGCGGCACGUCGCCUCCUGAACCGCACCAAUUUUGCCCUCCAUCACCACCAAAAUUGCCUCUACCACAGACGACGUCCGCUUUCACGCCGAGGAAACAAGUAGGCGUUACCAUUGCUCAUGACGGCUACACACCAGGACGAUUCACAGAUGAGUUUGGAAGCCCCAUCAACGCAGAUCAUCACGACUACGCGUAUGUUAGGAACGAUGUGCACCGUAAUUUAUUGUAA